GAAGGUGGCAUCAGACCUCUCUCACUCCCUGAGUCUCCCUUCUCUCUACUCCUUCCUGAGUCCUCUCUACUGACACCAUGGGGUGCUGUGGCUGUGGAGGCUGCGGUGGCUGCAGCAGUGGCUGCGGUGGCUGCGGAGGCUGCGGUGGCUGCGGAGGCUGCGGGGGCUGCGGGGGCUGCGGUGGCUGCGGGGGCAGCUGUACCACCUGCAGGUGCUACCGGGUGGGCUGCUGCUCGUCCUGCUGCCCCUGCUGCUGCGGCUGCUGUGGGGGCUGCUGCAGUGUCCCCGUGGUCUGCUGCUGCCACCGCUCCUGUGGGUGCAGCUCGUGUGGGUGCAGCUCGUGUGGGUGCGGCUGCGGGAAGGGCUGCUGCCAGCAGAAGUGCUGCUGCAAGAAGCAGUGCUGCUCCUAAGCAAGUGCUUGGCCUCUGGGGAGGUGCUGCAGGUAACCAUGCUGUAGGUGAAUACUUCCUCCUUCCUUUCUAUCUGUUCCUUUCUGACUUUAAAGUCUCAAGCAUGACCUGAGCCUUGUCACCAACCCAUAGCAAUCUCACAUUUCUGUGGUUUCCAUCAUCCUGCCUGCAUUGAAUAAAUACCAACCAAAGUAAUAAAUGUUCAGUCUCCUCUGUCAAUUACCAUUCAAACCUUGUCCUUGAUAAAAGUGUAUCGAGGCAGCUAAUGUCUUCUUACCUUCCUGAAAUGCCUUUAACUUUGUGUUUAUUUAUGUCCCAUUGUUACGACUGUAUUGUCAUCUCUGUAAAUGCAAAGCAUAAUAAAUUAUGCUAAAUCAGC